AUUGAUUUUAUGCAAAUUAUCCAUUAAUGUAUUACAUUAUAAAAGAAUGGCGAAAUUAACAAGAAUUGUAAAGAAAAGUGUGUUAAAUCAAAUAAAUAAAAAGGAUUCAACAACAGAUAGUACAAAAGAUGAAUCCUACGCUUCUAGAGGGAAGGUACAGCCUACAAUUGAUUUUAGUAAUCUACCGACAUUUGAAGAUGUAAGAAGUAAAAAAGAAGAAUUCGAGAAAAUUGUAUCAUCCAAGAAUAAGAGGAAACUGUUGAAGGUGACCAAAUCGAAAGAUUUCAAGAAAACUCACACUAAAUUAAAUCGCAAAUUAAAUAAAAGUAAAAUACUUAAAAGGGGAUAUGAAAAUAUAAAUAAUUUUAAUAAAUUAAAUAAUAAUAUUAAAUCGCACCUCAAUGAUGAUACAAAACUAACUAAAACUGAUAAUACUAAAUCAGAUGAUAAUGAUGUAACACCUGUUUUAAAUAUAAAUAAUACGGUAAUGUCAAGAGGUAAAAGAAAGAGAGAAUUGAAAAAGGAAGCUUGGAGGAAAAAGAACGAGUUCAAGAAGGAGGCGAGGAGGAUUGUAGAGCAAUUCCAGAAGGAGAAAAAAUAUGGAAAAGCACUUGGAAACUUAUCAGGAAUGAAGGAUCAAAUGGAUCAAAUUGAAGAAGCGAUUAGAUCAAAGAAUGAAAAGGAAUCUAAAAGAGUUAAAGUCAGGUCGAAGAUGUCGAAGAUGUCGAAGAAGUCGAUUGUUCAAAGCAAAAGAUUGUUUAACUUUGCAACUAAAAGGAUUUAAAUUAAUUUUUUUAAUAUUAUUAAUAUAGUG